AUGGCCCGUGAUCCCUUCGCGGUGCUGGGGCUCGGCCGUGGUGCCACAAAAGCUGAGAUCAAAACACGUUAUCGUGAGCUUGCGCGCCUGCAUCACCCGGAUGCCCCCGCGGGGAAUAGUGAAAAGAUGGAGCAGGUGAACAAGGCGUACAACCUGCUGAUAAAGGAGGGUGCGUAUGAGCGGAUGCGUAUGAGGACGGCUGGGGCGAAGGCACGCACCGAGGUCCGUCGUCCAAGCCCGGUUUCCCAGGAGACUGAGCGGCAACGAGAGGAGAACGAUGCACCAGAGGAAGCGCUCUCGGAGGAAGAAAUAGCCAAGGUGAGUGCGCUGGACCCGGCCACCGAGAGGGUGACGCCUGCCGGAAAGUACCUGUAUCAAAGCCGUGAUGACGGGAGUUGGAUGGAGCUAGACAAACCGCUGGUGCGAGCACACCAGGCAAGGUACGCCUCCUAUGCGGCGCAGACCGAGAUGUCCGAGGAAUUGCGCCGUCGAUCGCUUGAAAAAGAAAAGGAGGAAAAUGCAAAGACGAUGUUUCAGCGUGCAGUAGAUCGAUUGAGUGAUAGUGCAGAUCUUCCUUCGCGAAAUCCAUCAGUGCUGCGUUUUUGCUUUCUCUUGGCAUUGGUAGUGGUGUACUUUGCAUACCAGCGCGCCUGUGCUUGGGGCAACCGCCGAAGGAGUCGGGCCGAUUUUUAUGCCUCCGUUGAUCAGAAACGGCAGGAGCUUCUGGACAUUUAUAACGAAAAUAGAACUGGCCUGGAGACUUCUGUUGCUGCCGCUGCUAUACUUUUUCUAGCUGCCAGUCAAAAUAAACAGGAAACGGAUCCUGUUGUACCACCCACGCCUGAAAAGCUAUUUAGGGGGGUGCGACCGCCGCGAGAGCAUUUUUACGUGAUUUCAGGCGGAUAG